AUGAGUAAGAAGACAAGCAAGAAAUGUCCCAGUACCUCAAACGAGCAGGAGUUCAUAGCAGAAGAUGUAUUGAUGCCAAGACAGAGUCUUUGUAUUGCAUUGCAAGAUCCCUUGAGUAAUGAUAUACCGGAGGAUGAAAAUCCUCAAAAGAAAAAUGGUUUCAACACGAGUAAGCGGUCCCAGCUUAUAAAGAUGUUAUGUCUGACCCUGUUACCCAUUCUCAGUCUUAUGGGGUUCACUCUUUUCUCACUCACAGACACGAUCAACAAAAAGAUGGAAAACGAAAAGACCCGGAAGGAGUUACAACUAAGUGUAGAGCUUGGGAACCUUAUUCAUCGGUUGCAGCAAGAGAGAGAUACCAGCGUCCUGUAUCUCAGUGCUCUCGGCCCGGAAACUAAAACUUUCCUUUUGCAGGAGUAUAUCGGCACCAACAAUGCCAUAUACGCCCUGUCUGAAUGGCCAAGAAAUCUCGACACCGACAACCGAGAGGAAUUCGAAUCGAGGGACAGACUCCGUGAAUACCUUGUCCGGCAUCGUCAGCUUCUGACCAAAGUGAAAUACAAUCUUCAGGUCGAGAUUGAUUUCUAUACUAACAUUAUCCGCGUAGUGAUUGCAUGGCUAUAUGAUUCUAUAACACGCGGGAAGGAUGCUGAAGUCUGGAAAACUCUUGUUGCCUAUCUCAAACUAACAAGCGGAAAACAAGACGUCGGAAUCGAACGAGCUCUUGGAACUCUUUUCUUCGUACAGGGAGGGUUCGAGACCAGUUUCUCGAAACAGAAUUAUUUUGAAAUGUACAACACGGUUAUUUAUAGAUUUCGUGCAUUCUACGAAACUGCCGAACUCUAUUCAAACAGAGUCGAUCGCCUGUACACUUCAGGCGUCAGUGAAGCAGGAAGUGACCUAAUUGCAAUCAUAGACGGAUUUCGGUUUGAAAUUCAGCACUAUGAAAGUGAGGUUUUCUACCCAGACAUUCAGAAAGCCCGUUAUUGGUUUGAUAACAUGACUUUAUAUUUAGACACUUUGUUGAAAAUUCAGCAGAAUUUGGGAUUUGAAAUCAUUGGUCGACUCGACGUUGUCAUUGACGACUCAACACGGGACCUUUCCAUCAGUGUGUCUUGUCUUGUUAUCGUUCUGAUAAUGUGCCCAUUGGUGAUUUUUGUGGCUGAUAAUUUGACAAGCAGUAUACAAAGAUACGCGUUAAGUUUAGUAUCCACUACCAAACAACUAAGCGAGGAACACAAGAAAAUCAACACUCUUAUUUAUCAGAUGGUACCGGAAGUUGUGGCUAAGAGAUUCCAAAAAGACUUGUUUGGAAAUGCUGAAAAUAUUAAGUCCAUGACGGUCAUGUUUUUUGACGUACACAACUUUGUCGCUCUGACGUCAAUGUGUUCCACUACUGUAGUAGUAGAGCUUCUUACAAAUAUCAACAACGCGAUAGAGAAACUGACAGAAAACAACGAUGCAUUUCACGUACAAACGUACAAGGAUAGUAACAUGAUUGUGGCAGGUAUGGUAGGACGGGAAGACGACCGGCACAUGCCAACAAUAGCGAACAUCUCCCUAGAUUUGCUUAAAUUGGUUAAUUCAGAACCUUUCCAAUUACCAGAAUUUGGACCAGUACAACUCAAAAUUGGAAUCAACACAGCCAAUCACAUACAUCUGACGUACUCGUCCUUCAGUGUUCUGCAAAAAAAGGAUGGUGUGUACAUGAUGCAGAGACGCAGUAAAUACAACGAAUUUGGCAAUGGGAAAGGAAAAGGAAAGGCCAAAACAUACUGGUUGUUCGGGAAGAAGGACAGUUGCACGUUCAGAUGUAGUGAUGAUGGGAACACGGAGAAACGCUUGUCUAAACAGAUGCAUGACACGGAAUUUCCCGGAGAGCUGGCCCAGUACGAUAAGGAUACAUCCUAUAAACUCCCCCUCCAGGGAAUUACACCGAAACAAUCCCUCGAAAAGAAAGCGGCCUAUAUACCGUAA